UGAUAAUAACGUUAGUAAAAAAAUUUUUUAAAUAAUGGGGGAUUUAAAUUGUCAAAGUGGCUAUUAUGGAAAAAAAACGAAUUGGUUAAAAUUCAUUAAACACUCAAAAUGGGAAUAUCCAGUUCCUGACUCAAGAUCACAUUGGAAUGGAGUUUUCGCUGAUAUUGAGAAAAAGUAUAAAAGACCUCCCGUCAUCAAUACUCGACAAUUGAGACGUAUCCUUUCACAAAGCACCUACAAAAAUGUGGCCUCAAUACUAGGAAAAUCAGAAUACGUUAUAAAUGAACCAAAAGUUAACAUUUCUGAAUUAAAAUGUACGUUAUCAACUGGCAGAUCAUCGGAUACAGAUUCGAACUUGACAUUUGAUCUAAUCGUUCAUCCUGGAACUUCUGAAACUUCAAUCGAAAAUUUAAAAAAGUUGCAUAUAGGUCAUACAAAUCCAUAUGCUUUAUUCUUAAAAAAACCACGACAAAAGGCAAUAAUAUGGCGCCCUCUGCGAAAAGAAGAUUUACUAGACUACGACCCUGAAGCCACUUUAGAAAUGCGAGCUACACGACUGGUGAACAAAAUUUGCACGGAAUUUUGCGACUGGAUGAGUAAACUGGGCGGAAAUGUAAAAAUGAUAGAUGAAGAAACUCUGGAAGAUAUGUUUGAAAUAAACUUUACAUCUGAUGCUUGCAAAUCAACGCAGGUCAUUGUAAAAGAAAUGCCUACGAUACCAACUUCAGUAGUGAAAGCUCGAAAGUGUUUCGAUGCUGAUGAGCUGAAGAAUACUCGCAGCCAACUAAAGAAAGAUAUUACGGUAGAAAAAAGCGUAAAGCGUACUUUUGCUUUUGGACAGACUCUUCCGCCUGAUUUACGAUUUGUCCCACCGCAAACUAAAAUCACAACCAAGUGGCUCAACUAUGAAAACAUUCCCCAAGACAUCGAAUCAAUGGACAUUAUUUGGAAUGAUAUUAUGCAUUUGGAUAGCGUUCAAGCAUUUGUUAAUUAUUUAAAGAAAAAUCCUGAGGUUAUGUCUCAGAAGUUUCGUAAGAAUAUUUUUCAAAGACUUACUUCGAAAAUCUCAAAACGAUAGAAGAUAUAUCUCCAAUCUGAAUGUAAAAGACAAAAAUAACAAAAUUC